AUGACUGAUUUUAAAUUAGUUUUGGUAGUUACUGCACUCGCAUUAGUCACAAUAUGUGGUGUUUACUAAGUAUAAAACGCUAAAACUACUUCCUAUCCUUUAGACGAUUAAGGUAGAAAAAUUAGAUUGGGUGGUAUUCCUUGGAACUUUACAAACUGUGGUUCUGAAAACGAUGCUUUGAUUAUUACUUCUAUUGUAUUUUCAGCUCAACCAGAACGUGCUGCUCCUCCUAAUGAUGCAACUCUUACUGGUACUUACAUGGUUCACACAGACAUAAAAGCUUUGAACGUUGUUGUCAAACUCUCAGGAGUACAAGUCUUUAACAAUAACUUAGCAGCUACAGGUACUUACGAUCCUGGUGAUAUGUUCACUUUCCCUUACACCUUCCAAAUUCCUGGUAUAGCUCCUGGUGGCGCAUAUACUCUCGACUUGAAGUUUUUAAAUAAGGCAGGUAAUCAAAUAUCUUGUACUCAAAUUUCUAUGGAUUUAUGA